CCUGCUUUGAACUGUGACUCAGUUCUAAGUACCUCUCUCAGCAGGCCUUCCCAAUCCCCACCCAAAAAAAUGCUCUCCGCCACCGCCGCCGCCGUCGUGCUCCUCCUCCUUCUCCAACUAACUCUCUCCCUCUCCGCCCCAAUCCCCGGCCUAGACUCCUUCCUAAGCCAACAAGCCCGCCUCGACCCACAAGCCACCAACGACUCCUUCCUCUUCCUCCCCUCCUCCCUCAAGAAACCCCUCUCUCUCUCCUCCCCCCACCUCCCUCCACCCGCCCCCUCCUCUCUCCUCUCCCUCUCCCUCUCCGUCCCCAUCACGAUCUCCCUCGUCGGCCCCUCCUUCCCCUCCUCCCCCCCCUCCCUCCUCCACUCCUUCCUCUCCGCCUCCGUCUCCUCCGACCACUUCCACGUCACCUCCCCCUUCCCCCCCAACACCCACCAGCUCGCCCUCUCCCACUCCCUCCACCUUGACGUCUCUCUCUCCUCCCCUUCUCUCUCCUCCCUCCUCUCCCAGACCCUAAAAUCCGAAAUCUCCAACACCCCUUCCUCCCUCCGGUCCCCUCACACCCUCUCCAUCCCUUACGCCUCCGUCGACCAGAUCAUCAAACAAGACUUCGAGAAACAGAAACCCGUCCGAGGGUUCUACAUCUACAUCCUCAACCUGGGCCCCCAGUCCAAGCCCUACGCUUACAACUACGGAUCUGGGGAAUCCUCCCCUGCUUUCAGCAGAUGUACGGGGACUAUCUGGGCCGGGAAAGAUCGCUACUUGUGGAUCGAUUUGGCUGCCGGGCCGAUUGAUUACGGGCCGGGCCUGUCCGGCGACGGCGUGGUUCCCACGGGCGAGUUUCACCCUCUUAUGUCAUUGCACGGUCGACCCAAACCACAGAAAGCUUUAUUGGCUGAUCUGGCUUCAUUGGUUUGGAGUGCUUAUCAGGUACUCAUCGUGCCUUCUUUGAGAAUUCCAGUUCCUUUUGAGAGUUCAUUGAUUGUAGAGUUCAUUCAUGUAUACGCGAAUAAGGGUGGUAACACGGUCGGUUUGGACUUUAAAUCGAUCGAGAAGACGUUCAUGGACGAGGUCAACGAGGGUGGGUUGUUGUUAGGCGAUCAGUCAUUGAGUUUUAGGAAAUACGAGGUGGGUUAUUCCGAUUGUUCUAUUUGUUCGUUGGCCGUGUCUAGGGCGAUCACGACCUACACUUCUAGGUACUUGUUUGAUAACUACACCUUGAUUGUGAGUGAGUACUUGGAUUCGAAGCGUUUGCAUCACGUGUUGUCGGAGUCGGCUGAGGAGUUCAGGAGGGCGGCUAGGUUGCCGGAAGAGGAUUUCGGUAGGGUUCUUCCGGUUUAUGUUUUCGACUUGGAUUACAACUCGAUACUGUUGCUUGAUCGGUACCACCAGUCUGUUUCGUUCAAAGACAUGGUUAUUGCAGUCCGGACUAAGAGUACUCAGACCGUGAGUGAUUAUAGUUGUAACGGUCGUCAUGUGUUUACUCAAACGAGGGAGCUCGAGAGGCCUCUUGUGGGUUCCAUUUUACAGAGUAUGUGGGGGGUUUCGCCCACUCAUCUUACUUGGAGCCCUAGGCAUAAUGACACUUUGGUGGAUUAUACAUGGAGCGUUGGGCAGACUCCGUUUGGACCAUUUUCGGAGAUUUCGUCGCUGUCUUUUGUGCAAAAGGAUGCAGCGCGGAGGAAUGUCCUUUUGACGUCGUUGAAUUACAGUAUUUCCAGUGCCAUUGAGGUACUUGAAUCUGUUGCAGCACACGGUGGGGAGAGAAAGCUUCUUAAGCGGAGUCAACAAACGGAAUUUAUACAGAGGUGGAAUUUGUUCAAGUACAAGAUUGACAGAGCAGUUUCUGCCUUGUCGCAUUUGGAUUUUGAGAUGGCUUUGUAUUUCUUGAGAUCUUCUGAUUACGACAUGUACGCGAUCCACUCUCUUGUUUACCAGGCGUCCCAAGAUAUCGAGGCAUCUCUUGCUUGUUUCAAGGAUCCUCCGGUUCCGUGGGCAUCGGUUUCAAUGUCUGCAGUAGUUUUUGUCGCAGUCGUUUAUGUUUAUGUGAAAAAGGACAAGUUUUUUAGCAACAAAAGAAAGCAGUUUUGAGAUUCUUAAGCAACUGAGGAUUGUAAUUGUUGAACAUGAUUUGGCAGAUGUAUUUCUUCGGCAGAGCUGAGUUGGAAGGUGCCUUCAUAAUCAGUUCCUUAGAAAUGUACCGUAGUUUAAUUAACAAUUUGACCUGUGUUCAUUUGUUUUCUGCUUCUUAUCAAUGUCAGCUUUACGCUUUAACUUCGCAA